AUGUCGGAGGUCUACGUGCACGAGCCCUCCACUGCGGGCAAAGUGGUGAUGCACACCUCGAUGGGGCCUCUGGACAUAAGCCUGUGGCCGCGGGAGACGCCCCGGACUUGCCGCAACUUCGUGCAGCUUUGUCUCGAGGGCUACUACGACAACACAGUCUUCCACAGGCUCAUUCCGAAUUUCAUAAUUCAGGGAGGUGACCCCACGGGCACGGGCACGGGCGGCAGCAGCAUAUAUGACGACCCGGAGGAGGACGACGUGGGCGCUGAGGGGCCCCCAGGGGGCCCCUCGGGGGCUCCCAAGCACAAGGAGGGGCCCCUCACCCUUGAGCUCAACUCCAGACUCAAAUUCAGGUACCGCGGCCUCUUGGGGGCGACGACGUUUGAGGCCCAGGGAGGCCACAAGAAAGGCCAUGAAGGGUCCUCGCCAGCAGGCGCUAGGGGCCCCGAGGGGGCCCCCGCGGCUCCGCGGGUGGGGAGUCAGUUCUUUUUCACCUUAGGGAGAGCUGACAGUCUGAAUGGUAGGUACACUUUGUUUGGCAAAGUAAGUGGCACCUCGCUGUUCAAUUUGCUGCGCAUGGGGGAGCUGCCCAUAGACAAGAACGACAGGCCCAAGGACCCCCCCCGAAUAAUUCGAACGGAAGUUGUGUGGGACCCCUUUGGCGACAUUGUGCCCAGGGUUCUGCCGCAGCAGCUGCAGCAGCAGGAGGAGGAGGAGGAAGAAGAGGAGCAACAGGAGAAACGGCCGCAGCUAGCGGCCCCCAAAGUUGCGCUGCUGUCCUUUGCGGAGGAGGAUGAAGACCUGCAGCUGCAGCAGCAGCAGCCGAAGAGUAAGGGUGUUCUUAGCGCCCACGACUUGCUGGAGGACCCCAAACUCUCGAAGGAAGCCCCUCCUGGGACAUGGCAGCAGCAGCAGGAAGCAGCAGCAGAGAGGCUCAAGGCCCGCAUAGCUCUGCUUGCCGCCGGUAGCGGCAAGACAGCAGCAGCAACGGCUCCUGAAAUUACGGAUGAUAGCAGCAGCAGCCGCAGCAGCAGCCGCAACAGCAGCCCCAGCAGGAGCCACAGCAGGGGCCGCAGCAGGAGCCGCAGCAGGAGCCGCAGCCGCAGCAAAGAGAGCCAUAGAGCCUUCCGUCGUCCCCUACCCCUGCCACCCACCCGCAAAGAUAUUGCUGCUGCUGCUGCUGCCUUGCCGGACGCUGACUUGCUGACGCCUGCGGAACAGCGACGUCGGUUGCUGCUGCUGCAGCAGCGGUCUCAGAGCACCCAGAGGCGGCAGGCUGAGACCCUGGAGAAGUUGCAGGCAUUCCGGCAACAGCUACAAAAACUGCAGAGCAAAACCGACAAACGCAAUAAACCCAGCAGUAGCAGCAGCGGCAGUAGCAGCGGCAGUAGCAGCAGCAGCAGCGGCAGCAGGAAGAAGCAAGACAAAGCUUUAGAAGCAGCGAAGGAAGCUGCAGCGCGAGCGACCGAGCCGUUGCUGGGCCACCCUGUGGCUGAGUCCGCUGCUGCUGCUGCCGCUGCAGCAGCGGAGGGACCCGAAGCAGCAGCAGCCGUCGCAGCAGCAGAAGAGGAAGACGACUCAGAUCCCUCGUGGUUCAUGACAGGGGGUCUCACGUUCGCUGUCGACAGCAGCACCGCCUACCGCUUUGAUGCAGCAAGGAACAACUUAGAGGUGAGGGACCCCCUAAAGAACAAACUCUUCGCGGAUGACCCUAAAGCCAAACUCAGGAAGAACCAGCUGCCCUAUGACAAAGGGCCGCGGGAGCUGGAGAACUGGUAG